UUUCCCUCUGAUUAAACAUUGAUUGGACUCUCAUCGCAAUUUUUACACGCGUUACACAACUCUAUCAUUUAGUAUUCCCGGAACUCUCAAGGAUUACUUCGAGCCGUGAUAAAUUGUCUUGUCAUCGAGUGGCAUGAACGCCUGUGCCAUUUGACAGCCCAUAUCAAGCUAGAAUGGUGCUUUCAAAGCGGCAAGGAUAACGUCUGACUUGGAGUGGCGCUAGCUGCCUCGGAUUUUAGCUUGAAGCUUGAUUGCAACCUUCUUCAUCCUGUCUCGCACUUCACUCGACCAGCAACAAUUGCUGCCACGAAAUGUCCUCGGAACCUGCCUCUGCGUUCCCCCCAGGCGUUGAUAUUUCGGAAUUAUCUGGCCCACUGAUUAUCGCCUAUAUCUUGCACUGGGGUCUUUUCGGAACACUUUCAAUACAAAUAUACCUCUAUUAUCUCGCCUUUCCCUCAGAUCGUACCGUCAUCAAGUCCGUAGUAUAUGGAAUCUUCCUCAUUGAGAUCAUUCAGACCAUUCUAGUCACUCACGAUGCAUUCGCGAUUUUUGGUUAUGGGUUUGGAAGCUUCGAGAGUUUGACGAAAAUGUAUUUUGAUUGGUUCACUGUACCCGUCAUGAGUGGUAUCGUGGCUUUCAUUGGACAAACCUUUUAUGCCUACCGUAUUCGAGCAAUAUCCCAAUCCAACCUUGUGCCGGCGUUCAUAAUCAUUGUUUCGCUUACCAGUUCGAUAGCUGCUUUCAUGACUGGUGCUUAUAGUUAUCAAGCUGGCAAUGUGCUUACUCUGCGUCAGAGCAUAAAGACUUCGACUGUCGUUGGUAUCUGGUGUGCAGGAGCUGCGUUGGGGGAUAUUGUUAUUGCAGUGUGCAUGACUUAUUAUCUUUCCCAAAAAGAUUCUGGUCUCGCAGGAACACACGCUAUAGUGACCAAGUUUAUACGUUUGACUAUUGAAACUGGUUCUGUGACAGCAAUUGUCGCUCUCCUGAACUUCAUAUUUUUCUUUGUAUUCCCCGACACAGGCUACUAUGGUGUCCCUGCUCUUAUUAUGCCCAAACUUUACGCCAACUCCGUGCUCAUGGUGCUCAAUGCUCGAAUCAAAAUCAUCGGUGGACGUGCAACCUAUAUCUCGACUUUUGACGCCGGACACGGACCCCGCAAUGCUCACAACGGCGCAACAGAAUUCAAUGUGCAUGAGUCGAGCAUGCAUUUCAGAGUAAUCACUUCUAGUAGAACGGGCGAGAAUACGGAGGACACGGAGCUUAGCAUGAAUGAACUGAUAUUUGCAGGAGCAGGCGGUAACGAAGUGCCGAAAAUUCUCGAUGGUGCGGGGAACAUCAAAUGAAUUCUCGCAUUAUACAUAUUUCCGUACCACCGUAUAUUCUCUCUAAUGAUGAUCGAGUUGUCUUGAACCAUUGUACGUGUACUUGAUGAGUUAGUAGUCGUAAGUCAUAUAGGGGGGGAUUGUCACGCGUCACAAAGCAUCACGCUUCCGUGACUUGAGCACGCAAUAAGGCGCAAUAGCGGCACCAUCGAUCUGGGGGAGU